UCUCGUUUUGGCUAAGCAGAGACCUUUAGAGAAACUGCCUGUUCUGGCUCAUACAGACUGUAACAUAUAAAAGCUGUUAGCAGCUCCUGUGGCCAGAAGCUUCAAAACCAGCAGAGUUUUGUUCUGUGGGGGUUUGUAAUAAGAGACACUCCUUCACAAAGGUUCUUAGCAUCACAUAGGAGAGUGCUGUAUAUACUGGGAGAACAAUAGGCUGUAUUCUUUUUUGAUAUUGUCCAGAGAUCUGUUUUCUACUGCCCUGACUUAAAGCAGAGUACCUCUGUGGCCUAUCUUUCUCCUUUGGCCCCAAAAUGACAGUAAUCGCUGCAAUCAGUUGUGCUUUCUUAUUUUCCAUUCUCUGUGAAACAAGUGCAUUAGUGUUACCCAACUCCACUGACCUACUCCUGUCAAACAAUAAUUUCACUGACAUUGAGACGGCUUUGGCAGCUCAUUUGGACUCUGCAAAAAUUCCCAAAGCCAGGCGGAAGCGCUACAUUUCGCAGAAUGACAUGAUUGCCAUUCUUGAUUAUCAUAAUCAAGUCAGAGGCAAAGUCUUCCCACCUGCUUCCAACAUGGAAUAUAUGGUUUGGGAUGAAACUCUUGCCAAAUCUGCAGAGGCUUGGGCUGCUACAUGCAUUUGGGACCAUGGACCUUCCUACUUACUGAGAUUCUUGGGUCAGAACCUGUCUGUAAGAACUGGAAGGUAUCGAUCUAUUCUCCAGCUGGUAAAACCAUGGUACGAUGAGGUGAAGGACUAUGCUUUCCCUUAUCCUCAGGAUUGCAACCCCAGGUGCCCCAUGCGAUGUUAUGGACCCAUGUGCACCCAUUACACACAGAUGGUUUGGGCCACUUCCAAUCGUAUAGGCUGCGCAAUCCACACAUGCCACAAUAUGAACGUCUGGGGAUCUGUUUGGCGACGAGCUGUUUACUUGGUAUGCAACUAUGCCCCAAAGGGGAAUUGGAUUGGAGAAGCACCAUAUAAAGUAGGAGUCCCAUGUUCGGCUUGUCCUCCAAGCUAUGGAGGUUCUUGUACCGACAAUCUUUGUUUCCCAGGAGUAACAUCAAACUACUUAUACUGGUUUAAAUAAGUUAAGGUUUACAUUAUUUUAAAAAAAAACAUGGAUGAGUAACAAGAAGCUUGUAUAUUGAAUUUUGCAUAUAUUAUAUAUAGAGAGAUAUUGUAAUAAUACUCUGAUGUUUUCUUUUUGUAUGCUUUUGUAUAAUUAGCUUUCAAAGUAUAGUGUAAUUUGGUUUUAACAUUUUGGGAUUUAAGACUCACAUUAACCCUUUUAGAUGAACAUUUUGUUAAAGGAGAGCAAACUAAUUCUCACCUUAGCAAGUGUAGCUUCCUGAAGAUUAGGUUCUAUUAAAAGCACAUUAAAA